GCCAACUGAGGGCAGUUCCAAAUUAACGGUCAAACAUGAAGUCUCAACUAGUUGUGCUUAUUGUGUGCUUGGCUGCCUUAUGCGUCGCCGAGGAGCAGCAAGCGGAGCAGCAAGCAGCAGUUGCUAAGCACGUGGAGCACGGACAGAACCCAAAUAACGAUCCCAUACGUCGCAUUUUGGAGGAGAAUACCGAGGUACUGCAAAAAUUGGACAUUAAAGCACAUAGCAUUAGCAACUCCCAGAAGGGCAUUGAGAACAAGCUGAGGCUGCUGGGCCAGGAUGUAGCCGGUAUUGGUCGCUUGGAGGAUGGACUCAAGAAACUGGAGCGUGUCUCGGAGAGCAACUUUCAGCAAACAGCCAAUGGCAUCAAGAUCCUGUCGGCCAGCAUCAGAGCCGCCGAGAAUAGAACAGACAGAGCUAUUGUGAGCCUGGCACGUGGCCAGCAGGAUAUCAAACAGGUGCUCGUCAAGGUGGAUGCCAAUCAAAACAGAUAUGAGCGUAACCUAGACCAAGUGGCCAAGUCGGUGCACCAGCACCUAUCCGGUCUGGAUAAUUUGCUCAAGCAGUCGGUCCUCAAGGAGCUGGUGGCACUUGUGCAACUCGCCAAGAAACUGGACCAUGCACAACGCCACAUUGAGGGCAAGGUCAACCAUUUGGAUGAGCUGACAGCGCUAAGCAGCAUUACGGCCAAUAAAGUGCAACAUCUGGAACUGGGCUUGCGCUCCGUAAACAGCACACAACAACGGCAAUUGGCGGCCAUUGGGCAGACAGUGCAGCAGGUGGGCGCCACCACCUGGCAGAUUGACAAUAAGUUGGGCGUACUCCUAAGCACACAGAAGAACAUUGAGCGUGCGCUGGUGGAGUGCAAGAAAUGUUACCGCGAGCCCGAGCACAAAGAUCACGUUAAGCUGCCAGAGCACCCACAAGAGCACUGGGAACAGCCUGCCUACAUAAAUUACGAGCACAAGGAUCAACACAAAACGCCUUCAAAACCGGACUACGAUAGCGGCUAUGCCAAUGCGGAUGAGGCUUCCUACCUGUACCAGCUCUGGUAUGGCAAGGAUGAUAAAUAGAUAAUCACAGUUUCUGGCGCUUGCCGCGUAAUAGUUAAGCCUUAUAGAAGUUGAGACAUUCGUUGCCAUCAUGUUUAUAAUAUGCGUUUUAGGACUCCGUUAGUAGUCGAUAUACCCAUUAACAGCCACAGUUAGGAUCAAUGUAACUUAAAGCUGGCUCUUUUAACAAUCUUUUGCAUAGGCAUAAUAAUUCUUAAAAGCAUUUGAAAUCUUUGAUAUUGAUAAAUAUCUAUAGAUAUGGUAAAGGCAUAAAAUCUUCUUUUAACCUAUCCUAAAGAUAUAAUUGACGCUGCUAGCUGAAAAAGUCCUCGGCAUUCCAAUAGUUCUUGUUCUUUGUCGUUUAUUUUUGUUACAUUUCCUUGUUUAGAAAAAUACACAUUAUAACAAUUAUAA